AUGGAGAAUCUCCCGGUUGACAGCGCACUCCCCGGUGCUUGCAGCCUGAACGGUGACAUCAGUCCUCGGAGCGCAUUCGUCGCUUCACCCGCCACUCUUUUUCCGUCCCACGAAACGGGAAAUACCACCAGCACCGCCCCAGCUAUCCCACCAGGAAAGGCGUGGACGUGGCAGACCAAGCCUCGGACAGCCAAACCUGCCGCGACGGCGCUCGAGACCCUCUCUGACCAACGCGAGUCCAGACGACCUGGUCACUGCGCACCCCAUUUUUUAAGGUACGCGCCUGGGUCCCUGUGUUCCCCUUCUGUGCCCCUCCCCACCCGCAAUCCAGUGACCGCUCGGCCCUGCGCUGUGCUGACGCGAGACCCCGAGGCUGCAGACUGUCGCAUCCCGCGCGUCGAAUCACCGAUCGUGCCCCGACUACGGCUCGUGGCGACUGUCACUUCCCACGCGUAG